UUGACGUGACCGGUACUUUGAUUUCGUUUUUUUUCGAUGGUCUUCCUCCUGUUUUUACUUUGAUAACGUAAUUUUUUUUCUAGACCAUCUGUUGUGAAUGAAUAACGUCCUGUUUAUUUGCAAAUAUUAAAAUAAAUAUUAUAAUAAAUGUCUUAGUGACAUAAAAUAGAAACUAUAGUGAAAAUUAAUUACAGGAUACGCAGUACGGCAUAUCGCGAUCGUAUAAUUUACUUGUUAUGGUGAAAGAUGUACAAAAAAGUAGGUUCCUGUUGUUCUAGAGUAAUGUUUAUAUAAUUUUAUUUGUGAAAUGUGAUUUACUGAAUCAAGAAUCAAAGUUUUUCAAGUUCAGUGCGGUGGUCACUUCCAAUCAUGGCUAGUGACGAGUCUAGUGUACGCGUCGCAGUCAGAAUACGACCGCAGACAUCAGCGGAAGUGGUAGAAGGAUGCGGGGUGUGCGCUCGAGCUGGUGGCGCGGCUGGCGAUGGAGGGGUGGCUCUUGGCACAGAGCGCGCCUUCUCCUUCGACUAUGCCUUCGACCCUGACAUCAUGCAGCAAGACGUCUACGAUAUCUGCGUGAGGAAGCUGGUCGAAGCAGCACUGGAUGGAUAUAACGCCACUGUACUCGCUUACGGACAGACGGGAUCCGGCAAGACAUAUACCAUGGGAAGCGGAUGGGAGGGUGAAGGCGAGGGUCAAGAGGAACGUCGAGGUAUAAUUCCUCGUGCCAUCCGAGAUCUCUUCGCCGGCGCUGAAGCUCGAGCUGAGACAGCACGUGAUCAGGGUCUACUCCCACCGGAGUUUUCAGUCCAAGCGCAAUUCAUAGAGCUAUACAAUGAAGAUAUAGUCGAUUUACUGGAUCCAGCCAAAGACCCAUUUGCAAAGAGUACGUUGAAAAUAACCGAAGAUGGCUGUGGUGGUGUCCGCGUGGUGGGCGCUUCUACCCGCACCGUGAGGGGCGUCAGGGACGCCCUAGGAGCCCUUCGAGCGGGGGCUUUAGCCAGGACCACUGCAGCCACCAACAUGAACUCCUCAUCAUCACGGUCGCACGCUGUCUUCACUCUGAUGAUGCGGCAGAGGCGACUGGCAGCCGACCAGGAUAUGACCGAUCGCGAUACAGAAGCGGAAACCCCAGAUCAAUACGAAACACUGACGGCUAAAUUUCAUUUUGUUGAUUUAGCCGGCUCUGAACGACUUAAGCGUACAGGUGCGACGGGCGAGCGGGCACGGGAGGGUAUAUCUAUUAAUUGUGGAUUACUGGCCCUCGGGAAUGUUAUAUCGGCGCUAGGAGACAAAUCGCGGAAAGUCCUACACGUACCCUACAGAGAUUCCAAGCUUACCAGGCUUCUGCAGGAUUCUUUAGGAGGAAACAGCAACACAGUAAUGAUAGCGUGCGUGUCACCGAGCGACCGUGACUUUAUGGAGACACUGAACACGUUGAAGUACGCGAACCGAGCGCGCAACAUCAAGAACAGGUGCAUCGUGAACCAGGACCUCACUUCGCAGACCAUACGCGUGCUACGGCAGGAGGUCGCCAAGUUGCAACUAGAGCUAGCCGAGUACAAACAGGGUAAACGUGUAAUAUCAGAGAACGGCGAAGAAGGAUGGAGCGAUGUAGUCCAAGAGAAUGCGAUCUUAACUGGCGAGGUGGAGUCGCUGCGGCGGCGGGUGAAGGCUAUGCAGGACACUAUAGACCAACUGUCCGCCCGGAACAGCGAACUACUGGCUGAGAAAGCGCUGGGCACUUGGGCACCGAAGGAUGGCAGCCCUGACGCUACUGACUGUUCUCUCACCACAUUGGUUCAGGGGUACGUGAGCGAGAUCGAGGAGCUGCGCGCGCAGCUGCUGGAGGCCACGGCGCUGCAGAAGGCGACGCAGCGCCGCGAGCAGCAGGCGCGGGCGCGGCGCGACUCGCACUCGCUCGACCCCGCCGCGCUGCUCGACGACGCCAAGCGGGAACUGUACAAGGAGAAGGAGCUACUAGCCCGCAGUAUGGGCGAGCUGGAGUUCCAACGGAAGCUGAACAUGGGCGAGGGAGACGGUGAGAGACCCAUCGGUGAGAGAGAGCGCGCUGAGGGGGAGAGCGCUGAGGACUCCGAGCCCUCCGACGACGACUCCUCCCGCAGUGACGACGAAGAAGACGACGAAGAGACCGCUGGUCAACGCGCGUUGACAGCACAAUUAACAGCUUUAAGCGAAGAUAUAGACAUGAAGGCACGCUUGAUCGAGCAGCUGGAAGUUUCGCAGCGACGGGUGGCAGCACUGCGACAAUACUACGAACAGCGGCUUGACACGUUGCAUCACCAGAUCAAGGCCACCAACGACGAGAGGGAUAAAGUGCUUGCAUCACUUACUAUGCAGUCGUCAACGCCGAGCGAGAAACUGAAGCGCGUGAAGGAGGAGCUGGAGCGGCGACUGGCGGCGAUGUCGCGCGAACUCAAGCGGCUGCAGGCAGCGCAGCGAGAGAACGCUCGACUGCAGCGCUCGCAGCAGCUCACCGCGCAGCAGCUGCUCACGCAGCGCGCAGACCUGCAGAACAUGAAGCGGGACAAGGUAAAAUUGGUACAACAAAUGAGACAGGAAGCCAAGCGGCACGCUCAAGCAGAGGCUCAGAGAGCUAAAGAAGUAGCGCAACUACGUAAGGAAUCGAGGAAGAAUGCUAAUACAAUUAGAUCAUUACAGGCUGAAACGAAACUUAAAGAUCAGGUAUUAAAACGGAAACAAGAGGAGGUUUCGCUUCUAAGACGAGGAAACCGCGAGAAACUAAGUAGUCGUGCUGCAGGUAGACUACAUGAGAGUCGGCGGGGGGCGCGCGACGGCGCUCGUGCGGCUCGCGCGGCGUGGGCGCGGCUGUCCCGGUGGGUGUCGCGGUCGUGCGCGGCGCGGCACACGCUGGGCGAGCUGGAGGCGUCCCUCGAGCGGCUCGUGACGCAGCGCGAGCGAGCGCGGGCCGACCGCAGAGCGGACGCCGACCAGCUGCGCGGCUACCUGCGCGCCGCCAUCGCCGACACGCAGGCCCAGAUCAUGCAGAUCGAGGAGGAGAACGAAGAAAGUGAGCUACCGCAGCUGCUGGAGCAGAUCGAGUGUUCGGAGACGGGCCGGUACCUGCUGGAGCGGCUGGCGGCGCUCACCCUGCAGCACGCGCAGGACGCCGCCCGCCACCUCAAGCUGCUCCACGACACGCGCGCCAUGCUCACUGAGCUGGAAGAGAGCUCCGAACGGACGGCCAGCGCUCUCCGCGCGGCCGGCGGCGGGGAUCAGAACCUGAACCCGUGGGGCGUGCCGCCGCAAACGCUGCAAGCGCUGCUCGCCAACGUCUCCUCCGGGACCUCCACUCGCUGCGUGUCGCCCACGGACAGCACUCUCUUAGAACGACUACCUCCCAACGGCGUACGAGAAGUGAACACAGCCCCGACUUCUCCACCAGAUGAUAUAACGAAUUCACCGUUCCAACGAAACCUCGUGCGGCGCGGGUCUGUGCGGCUGCGGGACCUGGGCGUGGUGUCCCGCGACGACGACCCCAUGACGCAGUCGCUGGUGGAGCCCGCCUCGCCGCGCCCCGUGCCGCUCAGCCGCGUGCCCAGCGCCCCCGGCAGCCUGCGGGGGCUGCAGCCGCUGGGCCCGGCGUCCCCGCUGACGGCGCGGCGCGGCCCGCCCGACUCCCCGCGGCCCGCGCGCCGCGCCCUCGCCCCCUCCGGCCUGCCCGUGCCCAAGCCGGCCUCCUUAGACGCGGGUGCGAGUCCGGGCGCUGGAACGGGAGUGGCCGCCGUUGGCAUCAGCUCAGGAACGCCGCCCGCGUCUCCGGGAGCUGCGCGUCGUGCCCGUGAUGACGACGUGUUCCUGCGGCUCGCCGGCGCCGGUCACGAUAACUCUCCGCAGGGCAUCGUCAAGGAACUCGCUAUUAAGCGUGUUUCGGGCGCGUCCCCCGGCGGCGGCGGCGGGGCGUGGCUGCAGUGCACGCACGUGGCGGAGGGACACGCGGGCGCCGCGCUCUCACUCGCGGCCACCACGCACCUCCUCUACAGCGGCGGCGUCGACCGCACGGUGCGCGGCUGGGACCUGGUGGCGGGCACGGAGGCGUGGCGCGGGUGGUGCGGGGGCGCCGUGUCCGCGCUGGCGGCGGCCGACGGUGCGGGGGGCGGAGGCGACGCGGGCGGCGCGGGGGGCGCGGGGGACGCGGGCGACGGCCGCGUGCUGCUGGCCGCAGCCGGUGCCGCCGUCAGACUCUUCGACACCCGCACCCGGGCGCCGCUCACAACGCUCUGGUCAUCGGGAGCGACGGGCGCCUGCCCGGCGACCCGCGGCGUGGGCGGCGAGGUGGCAGUCACCGCGCUGGCUCUCGCUGGCCCGCACCGUCUUUAUACCGCUGCCGGGGACAAGCUGCGACUGUGGGACCUUCGCAUGUUGGAGUGCAUGUGCAAGGUGUGGUCUGGUCACGCGGCCGCCGUAAUGUGCCUGGCGCUGGCCCCGGCCUCCACGGGAGACCUGGUCGCCACCGGCUCGAAGGACCAUUACGUGAGGACGCUCGAGAUGCAACCACAGGAUACUGGCGGGUGGGAGGCGGGCGCGGGCGGGCGGCGGCUGCUGCAGCCCCCGCACUACGACGGCGUGCAGGCGCUCGCGCUCGCCGGCGCCGCGCUCUACAGCGCCUCGCGCGACACCAGCAUCAAGCGCUGGAGCCUCGCCGACGGCUCGCUCACGCACACGAUGAUGAACGCUCACAAGGGAUGGGUGACGGGCGUGUGCGUGGUGGGCGAGGGGGCGGAGGCGCCGCUGGCGAGCUGCGGCCGCGACGGCACGCUGCGGCUGUGGUCGGCCGCGCUGCGCCCCGCCGCGCCCCCCGCCUCCCUCCCCGACGCGCCGCACGCCCUGCGCGCGCACCCCGACCCGCGCCGCGCCGCGCUCUACACCGCCGGCAAGUGAGUACCGCCCAUCACACGUGAUACACUGCGGCUGUGGUCGGCCGCGCUGCGCCCCGCCGCGCCCCCCGCCUCCCUCCCCGACGCGCCGCACGCCCUGCGCGCGCACCCCGACCCGCGCCGCGCCGCGCUCUACACCGCCGGCAAGUGA